AUGGCAGUUUUAAUCUAUAUUCUUCUUUGUGGAGGGAGUGUGGAAAAAAGCGUGCUGGAAACACCAUUACGAGACAGAAGGCGGAAAAUAGAAGCCCUGAAAAUGUUAGGAGUCACAGAGUCAUCUCUGGUGCAUUUUCAAAGUUCACUAUUUCAUUACAACUAUUUUUUGAUGGCGUACGACAACAUUGAAAGAAAAUAUAAAUUAAGUCAUAGCUCAGUACAAGAUAGUUUAUUCAAGUGUCUCGUCAAUUAUUACCCACAAGAAAUUAUCAAGAGAUGUGAUUUUACUCUUCUAGAAAGGCUCACAACCUGUAAGAAACUGUAUUGGAAUUCUGUAGUAAUCGUCGAAGAUAUUUUCCAAGACCUAAUUAAACGAUUGCUAAAAAUCCUGCAGGGAAGAUCAGUUGCAGCAUUUCAAACAAUUUCCCGUCUUCAGGUAUGGGAAGACGAGAGGUUCGUAUGUAGAUGCAAAAAUAAUCAAAGUGUAUUGAAAGGGCUAAAAGAAAAUACUGAUAGUCGAGGACAAACAAUGUUAGUUCAUUUCUGUAUAUCUGGUAACAUUAGAUGGGUUAAGUAUCUCUUGUCCUCAUCUUCAGAAGUACAAAGAUAUCUGUCCCUAAAUGAAGCAUGUGCACACAACCAGGGGGAAAUGGUUGACUUGCUACUAUCAACUAAUGUUAGGUAUAAUUUAAAAACUUGUUUUUACGCUGUGCAAAGUGGGGAUUUAGAUUUACUCUAUCGCUUCACUGAUAAUGUUGACCUUACAGAAAUAACUUUAUCGAAUCAUUUUCACUGGAAUUAUAUGGAAUGCAGUUUACUACAAGAGAUUUGCUUUUUUGAGCAAAAUCACCUCGUUGAGCCAGUUCUAGCACGCUACCCACGACUAAUUGAUGUUCGAGACAAUCAAGGUGGAAAUGCUCUACAUUUCAUUGCGUAUGCAGGAGACAAAACAAUCUUUAAACUAUUAGUUCGGAGUGGAUGUGAUCCGUAUAGAACAAAAUUAAAUGGUUCCACUGUUCUUAGUUCUGCUUGUAAAAAUGGAAAAUUAAACAUGGUCAGGUAUAUAUGUAAAAAGUAUCCAAAUUUGCUAGAUUUCAAGGACAAUACUGCAGGAACUGCCUUACAUGAUGCAGCCUGGGGAGGUAACACUGGUUUACUCAAAUUUCUGAUGAAGAAAGGCUUCAGUAUCAAAACCAAAACAAAUGAUGGGAAAACUGUGCUUCACCAGUGCUGUAGAAACGGAAAACUAGAGAUGUGUAAGUACUUGGUCAAUACCUAUCCUCAAUUACUGUAUGUCAAAGACAAAAAUGGAGAGAAUGCCUUACAUGAUGCAGCGUGGGGAGGUAAUAUUGAUUUACUCAAAUUUCUGAUGGAGAAAGGCUUCAAUAUUGAAUCUUAUAGAAAUGAUGGAAAAACUGUGCUUCACCGUUGCUGUAUGAAUAGAAAAAAAGAUAUGUGUAAGUUCUUGGUCAAUACUUAUCCUCAUUUACUAGAUGUCAGAGACAAUAAUGGAGGAACUGCCUUACAUGAUGCUGCCUGGGGAGGUAACAUUGAUUUGUUAAUUUUUUUGCUGGAGAAAGGCUUCGAUAUCAAUUCCACAAGAAAUGAUGGGAAAACUGUACUUCACCUAUGUUGUAUGAACGAAAAACUAGAUAUAUGUACAUACUUGCUUAAUAAUUAUCCUCAUUUACUGGAUGUCAGAGACAAAAAUGGAAUGUAUGCCUUAAAUGAUGCAGCGAGGGUAGGUAACAUUGAUUUUAUAAAAUUUAUGUUGGAGAAAGUCUUCGAAAUCAAAUCCAAAAGAAAUGAUGGGAAAACUGUGCUUCACCUAUUAAGUAAAAAGGGACAACUAGAUAUGUGUAAGUUCUUGGUCAAUACUUUACCUCAUUUAUUGGAUGUCAAAGACAAUAAUGGAGAAACUGCCUUACAUGCUGCAGCCUGUGGGGGUAACAUUGAUUUACUCAAAUUUCUGAUGGAAAAAGGCUUCAAUAUCGAAUCAAAAAGAAAUGAUGGAAAGACUGUGCUUCACCGUUGCUGUGUAAAUAGAAAAAUAGAUAUGUGUAAAUAUUUAGUCAAUACUUAUCCUCAUUUACUAGACGUCAAAGACAAUAAUGCAGAAAAUGCCUUACAUGCUGCCGCAUAUGAAGGUAAUAUUGAUUUCUUUAAAUUUCUGUUGGAAAAAGGCCUCAGUAUCGAUUCCAAAAGAAAUGAUGGGAAAACUGUGCUUCAUCUUUGCUGUAUGAAUGGAAAACUAGAUAUGUGUAAGUACUUGGUCAAUACUUAUCCUCCUUUACUAGAUUUCAACGACAAUAAUGGAGAGAAUGUCUUAAAUGAUGCAGCGUGGGGAGGUAACAUUGAUUUAUUCAAUUUUCUGUUGGAGAAAGGCUUAGAUAUCAAAACCAAAAGAAAUAAUGGGAAAACUGUGCUUCACCUAUGCUGUAUGAACGGAAAACUUGAUAUGUGUAAAUACUUGGUCAAAACUUAUCCUCAUUUACUGUAUAUCAAAGACGAUAUUGGAGAAAAUGCCUUACAUGAUGCAGCGUGGGGAGGUAACAUUGAUUUGUUUUAUUUUCUGCUGGAGAAAGGCUUUGAUAUCGAAACAAAAAGAAAUGAUGAGAAAACUGUGCUUCAUCUUUGCUGUAUGUACGGAAAACUUGAUAUAUGCAAGUACAUAGUAAACACUUGUCAUCAUUUACUUUAUGUUAAAGACACUACUGGAGGAAAUGCCUUACAUGAUGCAGCAUGGGGCGGUAACAUUGAUUUACUCAAAUUUCUGUUGGAAAAAGGCUUCGAUAUCAAAACCAAAAGAAAUGAUGGGAAAAACUUGCUUCACCUAUGCUGUAUGAACGGAAAACUAGAUAUGUGUAAGUUCUUGGUCAUUACUUAUCCUCAUUUACUAGAUGUCAAAGACGAAAAUGGAGAAAAUGCCUUACAUACUGCAGCGUGGGGAGGUAACAUUGAUUUAUUCAUGUUUCUGUUGGAGAGCUUUGAUAUCGGAACCAAAAGAACUGAUGGGAAAACGAUACUUCACCAGUGUUGUACGAACAAAACACUAGAUAUAUGCAAGUACAUAGUACACACUUAUCCUCAUUUACUGCAUAUCAAAGACACUACUGCAAGAAAUGCCUUAUAUGAUGCAGCAUGGGGAGGUAACAUUAAUUUACUCACAUGUCUGUUGGAGAAAGGCCUCAGUAUCAAUUCCAAAAGAAAUGAUGGAAAAACUGUGCUUCAUCUUUGCUGUAUGCACGGAAAACGUGAUAUGUGUAAAUACUUGGUCAAUACUUUUCCUCAUUUACUGGAUGUCAAAGACAAAAAUGGAGAAACUGCCUUACAUGAUGCAGCCUUGGGCGGUAACAUUGAUUUGUUCAAAUUUCUGUUGGAGAACGGCUUCGAUAUUAAAACCAAAAGAAAUGAUGGGAAAACUGUGCUUCACCUAUGCUGUAUGCACGGAAAACUUGAUAUGUGUAAGUUCUUGAUUAAUACUUAUCCUCAUUUACUAGAUGUCAAAGACAAUGCUGGAGAAAAUGCCUUACAUGAUGCAGUCUUGGGAGAUAACAUUGAUUUACUCAAAUUUCUGUUGGAGAAAGGUUUUGAUGUCAAAACCAAAAGAAAUGAUGGGAAAACUGUGCUUCAUCUUUGCUGUAUGCACGGAAAACUAGAUAUGUGUAAAUACAUGGUUAAUACUUAUCCACAUUUACUGCAUAUCAAAGACAAUAAUGGAGGAAAUGUCUUACAUGAUGCAGCGUGGGGAGGUAACAUUGAUUUGUUUAAAUUUCUGUUGGAGAACGGCUUCGAUAUCAAAACCAAAAGAAAUGAUGGGAAAACCUCGCUUCACCUAUGCUGUAUGAACGGAAAACUAGCUAUGUGUGACUACUUGGUCAAUACUUAUCUGCAUUUACUAGAUGUCAAAGACAAUAAAGGAGAAAAUGCCUUACAUACAGCAGCGUGGGGAGGUAACAUUGAUUUGUUCAAAUUUCUGUUGGAGAAAGGCUUAGAUAUCAAAACCAUAAGAAAUGAUGGGAAAACUGUGCUUCAUCUAUGCUGUAAGAACGGAAAACUAAAGAUGUGUAAGUACUUGGUCAAUACGUAUCCUCAUUUACUCCUUAUUAAAGACAAUUAUGGAGAGAAUGCAUUAGAUGAUGCAGCCCGGAGAGGUAACAUUGAAGUUGUCACCUUUCUGUCAGAGAAAGGCUUGAAAAAAUACAAGAAGGAGAUGUAA